CUCUGAACGACACGCCCAUUUUCCCAGCAGUUGUGGGGUCCUUCACCGAGAUUUCGGGCUCUUUCCUUGUCGUAUAACUGGAGCAGAGUGUGUGUCUGCACGAAUACCUUCUCGCUAAGGUCGAUCCAAGUCCACGAACGCAAGGAGCGUGCAGGAAGAUCUAAAGUGAGAUGGCAAGUGGCAAAGAGGGCGGGGCUCUGAAAGGCUUGCGGCUGCUCACCAUCAACCGGAGAACGAAAGGCUUCGGCUUCCACAUGUUCACCAACAAAGCGUUGAAGGGGCAAUACAUCAAGGCAGUGUUUCCAGGGGAGCCAGCUGACCUUGCUGGGAUGCUGAAUAGCGACCAUGUCCUGGAGGUGGAUGGCGUUGAUGUCACUGAAAUGACACAUAUGGAGGUUGUUGAGCAGAUUCGCAGUGGAACUGGUCCGAAAAAGAUCCUGGUCAUUGACAUGGACACAGAAAGAGAAAUGGUAGCAAAGGGUGAGGCUAUAGACCGUAAGAAUGCAGUGGAGAUGAUCCCAAGAUCAGCCGCCACCGAAGAAACCGACGCUCCACCAGAAGAGAGCGCAAAGGAAAAGGCCCUGAAUUUCGAUGACAUGACCAAGGCUUUCCCCAAGGGAGCCAUCCAAAGACAGAAGAUCAAGAGUAGAGACUGGAAAGCCUCCGUGGCUGUUUACAACGACCUCUGAUGCUGGGCAACGGAUUCCCCAUACACCCACCGACAUCAUUGUUACGCUGCAUAAUUAACUUUCCGUAUACUCUUACUCUACGUAUACUAUUCAAGGGCUCCGCUUUUUAUUCGCGCAUACUUUCGUGUUUACGCUGCGGCUAGGCUGGCUGGGAGAGAAUGGCUGAUGAGACGUCGGGGAUACUGGGGCAGCAGGGAGGCGAUGAUCUGUUGGAGGAGGAGGCGGUAGGCAAAGACGAGGCCGGGAAGAGUCCGUCGCCCGAACUCCCCAAAGACCAAUCUCUGGAGGAGGACGCGGGCGGAGCGGAGCCCGGGGCCGGGGGAGGAGGGGGGAGCGUCGCUAGACUGGACAGCUACAGCCCUGCCGAGUCGAGCAGCGGGUCCCGCAAGUCCCCCAGGACACUGGUCGUCACUCCCGCGCCUGCCAGUGAGGGAGGAGACCCGUCCACCGGCCGGAGAGUCUCCUUCAAACCCGACGACAGAGACGGGAACUUGGAGCUGCCCGCGGGGCUGGAAAACAACGACCUGAGGGUCCCCGCGGGUAGAUACACGCCCUCUCCCAUCUCCCCCAGCCCCACGUCAGUUGUUCCCUCCGCCUCGCCUUUCACCUCUCGGCCUCAGCAGCGCCGCAGUGCCUGGAGAAGGAGAAGGAGGGAGAGCGAGUGGGUGUUUCGACCGCUCAAGCUAAAGUUCAAGGUCAAGGAGUUGGAGGAGCUGUACAAGAACUAUGUGUAUCGACAGCAGCAGAGCCUGGUCUGCAUGGCGUGCCUCAUCAUGUUUUUUCUCUCCGUACUCGUGUUCAUUUUCUUCUUUGCCCAUUCGAAGUUCGAUGGAGUGCCAUUGUCAGAGAAUGAGCUAGAUGAAUGUCGUAGUCUCGCCAAUCUCAGUUUCACCUAUUUCGAUAUGGCAGACGAUGUGGCAAACUAUGGCGAGCUCCCUUUCCUUCUGAUAUUCGUCUUCUUUUCAAUCGUGUUUGCCGUCAUUUCUGUUGUCAUUGUCCUCGACCGGAUCUCGUACAUGCGACUUAUGGUCUACUCUGUGAUUGUGUGGGCGGCAAUGGUCCUAGAACUGUAUGCUCUCUUUGCUGUCAACGUCCACAGAAGAGCGUCCGACCAGAUGGGGUUUCUGAUCUUUGUCCUGUUUGUGACCUACUUCAUGAUCCCACUGGGUCUCCGGGUCAACACUGUCCUGAGUGUCUCUCUCUGUGUCAUACACCUCGUUCUGUCCACUGCUGUGGCCGAGGAAACUCCUUCUGACAUCCUUGGCAGAGAGUUUGUUGCCAAUACAUUUCUCCUGUGCGGAGUCAAUUUGGUGGGCAUUUUCUACUACUACCUGGCAGACAUAGCUCGCAGGAAGUCUUUCUCUGAAACACGCCGCUACAUUAAGGCCCUCAUUACUAUCGAAGGAACAAAAAGCCGAAAGGAUCGGCUACUUCGCUCCAUACUGCCAAAGAGACUCACAGCGACCAUGGCCGAUCAGAUCAUCGCCUCUCGGAAGAGGGGUGGGGCGCAUGACGCCUUCCGCAAGAAGGGCGGGGCACAAGGGAAACAGUCUGAGUUCAGAGAUCUACACGUCCGUGCCGCUGACAAUGUCAGCAUUCUGUUUGCAGAUAUUGUGGGGUUCACAGCUCUCUCCAGCAGGUGCUCAGCUCAGCAACUCGUCCAUCUCCUGAACCAACUCUUUGGCAAAUUUGACUCUUUAGCUGAGAAAAAUGGGUGUCUUCGUAUCAAGAUUCUCGGUGACUGCUACUACUGUGUUUCGGGGUUGCUGGAACGUCGAAACGACCACGCUCAGUGUUGCAUCCACAUGGGACUGGACAUGGUCAAGGUCAUCAGAGAGGUUCGUGUUGCUACUGGAGUCAGCACCUUGGACAUGAGGGUCGGAGUUCACACAGGUCGCGUACUUUCGGGAGUUCUCGGACAACUCAAGUACCAAUUUGACGUGUGGUCUCAUGAUGUCAUCGUCGCCAAUCACAUGGAGUCAGGCGGCAAACCAGGGUACGU